CAAAGACAACAAACCCCCUCAUCUAAACUGGCCGCUGUUAGUGACAAAAAUCAUCAAUUCUUCGACAACAUGGAAGAUGAAGAGGAAGAAGUUACCGAUAUGAAACUACAAAUAUUCCACAACACUGUACGAGAGCACAUUAUAUUCCUAUUGCUUUUAAUAGUUUUAUAUUUUGCAUCGUACGUGUUAAUUUCACGGUUCAGACGUAAAGAUCGUGAUGAUCUAUUUUCCAAUGAUGACGAUGAAUUACUGGUGUAUCGAAUAAGUUCAUGGCUUUGUACAUUUUCAAUGGCAAUUGCGGUUGGUGCGGCUCUUUUACUGCCCGUUUCAAUUGCCAGCAAUGAAGUAUUGUUACUCUAUCCGAACAGUUACUACGUCAAGUGGCUAAACAGUUCAUUGAUCCAAGGUCUUUGGAAUCAUGUUUUUCUAUUCUCCAAUUUGGCAUUAUUUGUUUUCCUACCGUUUGCCUAUCUAUUCACUGAAUCGACAGGCUUUUCUGGCCACAAAAAGGGUAUCAUUGCACGAGCCUAUGAAACAUUUACAGUAUUUAGCCUGUUGGCAUUUGUUGUAUUGGGCCUGACCUAUGUGCUGUCAGCCGUAAUGGAUCCAGAAAAAAUUGGAUUUCUCUCAUUGUUCAAUUUGGGCAGUGUUCAUUUGCCAUUUUUAUAUUCAUGCGUAUCGUUUUUGGGUGUGCUACUACUUCUCCUUUGCACCCCAUUUGGUUUUGUACGACUCUUCGGUGUGGUGGGUCAAGUUUUGGUCAAACCUCACCUUUUACGCGACGUCAAUGAGGAAUAUAUUGCAUUUCAUAUGGAAGAGGCUAGCGUUAAACGAAAAUUAGCCAAUUUAGAAUUGCAAAAUGUUAGCAUCAAUGAAUCUCUAAACAGCAACGGCAAUGGUAGCUAUACAACGACAGCAACAACAACAUCAUCAUCAUCAACAACACCAUCGUUGUCACAUCUGAUCCAAAGAAAACCCCUGAAUGGCGAAAGUCAUGAUAAUCUAGCUAAGCUCAAUGAAAGACUGAGAGAAUUGGAGUCUGAACGUAAAGAAUUGAAUAAAUUGCGAAAAUCAUCGGCAUUUCAGAGAAAUUUUGUCUAUCCUCUGGCUAUGUUGCUGUUAUUGUUUUUCACCGGCAUAACUGUGUUGUUGGUGGUGCAGAAUACGCUGGAAUUGUUGAUUGGUAUUAAGGCAUUGCCGCUUAGUACGAGGCAAUUUACAUUGGGUAUUUCAUCGUUAUCCAAACUGGGGCCAAUUGGAGCUGGUCUCGAAGUGUGUCUCAUAUUUUAUUUGGGAGCCACUUCAGCUGUAGGUUUCUAUACCAUGCCAUUUAUGCGUAAUGUCCGACCACAACGGCGUAAAACAUCACUAUCACAAUUGAUACUCAAUUGUGCAUUAGUGUUGAUUUUAAGCUCUGCCCUGCCAUUGCUUAGCCGUAUUAUUGGCAUCACAAAUUUCGAUUUGUUGGGUGAUUUUGGUGCCAUCGAAUGGUUGGGAAAUUUCCAAAUUGUACUAUUGUAUAAUCUAGUAUUUGGCACUACAACGGCCCUAGUGGUGGCUAAUAAGUUUACAGCCACCGUGAGACAAGAAUUGUGUGCGCGGUUAGUAGAAAACUAUGUAAUUUUCACAAAUUACAUGUCAUUCAUCAACUGAUACUUACUAAAACGGCGCACUAAAAUC